GCGGCCGUAUGGCGGCUGCGGCGCUGCGCCUGUGCCGCGCUGCGCGCCUGCUGCCGGCGGCUGCCAGGACCCGAAACACGGCCCCAGCGCCGCGGCCGCCUCCGCGCCUCGCUUCCUCCUCCUCCUCUUCCUCCUCCGCCUCCUCUGCUUCCUGGCCCUCUCCGCCGCAGCCCACCAUGCCGGCCUUCCAGUACCCCGAGGUGUACCGCGACGAGACCGCCGUGUUGGAUUACCAUGGAUGUAAAAUCAGCGAUCCAUACUGCUGGCUUGAAGAUCCUGAUAGUGAAGAGACAAAGGCAUUUGUGGAAGCUCAGAACAAGCUCACAGUACCCUUUCUUGAGCAGUGUCCUGUUAGAGGACUGUUCAAGGAACGAAUGACUGAACUUUAUGAUUAUCCUAAGUACAGCUGCCACUUCAAGAAAGGAAAAAGGUAUUUUCACUUCUACAAUACUGGGCUCCAGAAUCAGCGAGUUUUAUAUGUACAAGAUUCCUUAGAUGCUGAUGCCAAAGUUUUUCUUGAUCCAAAUAAGCUUUCUGAUGAUGGCACCGUGGCCUUACGAGGUUACGCAUUCAGUGAAGAUGGUGAAUACUUUGCAUAUGGCCUGAGUUCUAGUGGCUCUGAUUGGAUUACUAUCAAGUUUAUGAAAGUAGAAGGUCAUGAGGAUCUCCCAGAUACACUGGAGAGAGUUAAAUUCAGUUGCAUGGCAUGGACCCAUGAUGGAAAAGGCAUGUUCUAUAACUGCUACCCAAAACAAGAUGGGAAAAGUGAUGGCACUGAGACCUCCACUAAUCUGCAUCAAAAGCUGUAUUAUCACGUAUUAGGAACUAACCAGUCAGAAGAUAUCCUAUGUGCUGAAUUUCCUGAUGAACCAAAAUGGAUGGGGGGAGCUGAGGUGUCUGAUGAUGGUCGGUAUGUCUUGCUGUCUAUCAGAGAAGGCUGUGAUCCAGUGAACAGACUGUGGUACUGUGAUCUACAGAAGGAGUCUCAGGGUAUAUCAGGAAUUCUUCAAUGGGUGAAGCUGAUAGAUAACUUUGAGGCCGAGUAUGAGUAUGUCACCAAUGAAGGAACAGUGUUCACUUUCAAGACAAACCGCCAUUCUCCAAAUUAUCGGUUAAUCAACAUUGACUUCAGUGAUCCAGAGGAAUCGAAAUGGAAAGUUCUCGUCCCUGAACAUGAGAAAGAUGUUCUAGAAUGGGUUGCUUGUGUGAGGUCCAAUUUCCUGGUUUUGUGCUACUUGCAUGAUGUGAAGAAUAUCCUGCAGCUUCAUGACCUAGCCACCGGUGCACAUCUCAAGACUUUUCCCCUAGAAGUUGGUAGUAUUGUGGGAUAUAGUGGCCAAAAGAAGGACACUGAAAUAUUCUACCAGUUUACUUCCUUUUUAUCUCCAGGUAUUAUAUAUCACUGUGAUCUGACCAAAGAGGAACUGGAGCCUACAGUUUUCCGAGAAGUGACUGUUAAAGGAUUUGAUCCUUCGGUUUACCAGACAAUUCAGGUUUUCUACCCUAGCAAAGAUGGCACUAAAAUCCCAAUGUUUAUUAUUCACAAGAAAGGAAUUAAAUUAGAUGGUUCUCAUCCUGCCUUCUUGUAUGGAUAUGGAGGCUUCAACAUAUCAAUUACACCAAGCUACAGCGUGUCAAGGCUUAUUUUUGUGCAACACCUGGGAGGUGUUCUAGCAGUGGCGAACAUCCGGGGUGGGGGCGAAUAUGGAGAGACCUGGCACAAAGGUGGUAUCUUGGCCAACAAACAAAAUUGCUUUGAUGACUUUCAGUGUGCUGCCAAAUACCUCAUCAAGGAAGGCUACACAUCCCCAAAGAAGCUGACUAUUAAUGGAGGCUCAAAUGGGGGCCUCUUAGUUGCUGCCUGUGCUAAUCAGCGCCCUGACUUGUUUGGUUGUGCCAUUGCCCAAGUGGGAGUGAUGGACAUGCUCAAAUUCCACAAGUACACCAUCGGCCAUGCUUGGACCACAGACUAUGGUUGCUCUGACUGUAAGGAGCAGUUUGAAUGGCUGCGCAAGUACUCUCCACUUCACAAUGUCAAAUUACCAGAAGAAGAUGACAUCCAGUAUCCCUCCACACUGCUUCUCACAGCAGACCACGAUGACCGUGUGGUCCCUCUGCAUUCUCUGAAGUUCAUCGCUACCCUGCAGUACAUUGUGGGCCGAAGCAGUAAACAAACCAAUCCACUUCUCAUCCAUGUUGACACCAAGGCUGGGCAUGGAGCCGGAAAGCCAACUGCUAAAGUUAUAGAAGAAGUGUCAGAUAUGUUUGCUUUUGUAGCACGAUGUCUAAAUCUUGAGUGGAUUGAAUAGGAAAAAUGCUUAUUACUGUCUACUUUAGAAAACAAGGGCUUUAACAUUUAAGAACAGCCACACUACUACUUGGUGUAGUACUUACAUUUAAGAACUGCAGUUUAAUAUUUUAUUGAUCCAACCUGCUAUGAAGUUUUGAUCUUCUGUGCUUUCCUCUUUUUGGUAUUUCUUUGAUUUUUUUUCUACUGCAUUCCAAACUCCAUUUUGAAAAGCAUGUUCAAAAAAAUAGCUGAGCUACUCUCAGUACUGUUGUGAAAAUGUAGAUUUCAAAAUUAGUGCUAUUUGAGCUUCUUUCCUGUAAACAAUUUUAAUGUAUUUCACCUAUAAACAUAUCCAGAUCAUUUGUAAUUAAAUGUAAGUACUGUUCACAUA